GCGCGUAAUUCCUGCCUCAGACAGUCGCCUUGAGCUGUGUGUGACGGUUCUGCUGCAGCAACGCUGUUAAACCAGCCUCUGUGUUUUGUAGCUAAUUUUUAGAAAGCGUCGAAAUUCAAGCUCCGACUGUGUGGGGCAAGUCAAUUCGACAACCUCAUGAUAAAGGACCUGAGGUGAAAAAUAAAUUGUUAAAAGAGAGAAAACCAAUUAAAAAAAAUUGUAUACACUCUUGUAUACAACGCCAACUUCAAAUUCGUCUUGAGCAAGUGUUCGCUAGAAGCCGAAGCUAAUAGCAUCAUGUCGCACAGAAGAAGCCGAAGUGGUUCUCCACCGUCUUAUGGCACCAACAGCAAUGACCCUCGCGACCUGGAGAGAAGGAUUUUUGUUGGCAAUUUGCCCACUGCACAUAUGGCGAAGAAGGAUAUGGAAGAAAUGUUCAGGCCAUAUGGGAAAAUACAGGCCUUGUCCCUGUUUCGUGGGUAUGGAUUUGUGCAGUUUGAAAGGACGGAAGAUGCUGAGGCAGCUAAAGCGGGACAUAAUGGUCGGAUUUAUAGAGGUUAUAAACUAGAUGUAAAUAUGGCUGCGGAGAGACGACAGAAACCCAGGUCAAGUCCUCCACGCAGGCCUGUUGGUUAUGGGGACAGCAGGGAGCCUCGUCCCCGUUCUCGAUCCCCGGUGCAGGGUCGUGACUCCCGCGACAACAGGGAUGGCAGAGACAUGAGGGACUCGAAUCGAGAACCACGUCCUGGACCACCACGAGACCAUGACGACGAGCGCUACAGAGGCGGAGAUGGAAGGGAUAAAGAUGGACGAGACGGUCCUUACAGAAAUGAUGGAUAUGAUCGCUUUUACCGUGGUGAAUAUGAACAGUACCGUAAGAAAGAUGAUCCUUAUGCUGACCGCUACAGGGAGAACUGGAGUGGCAGGAGAGAACCAGAAGAAGAGAGAAUCCGACCCGAGGAGCGCAGGAGGAACGAGUUGUACCGUCAGUACUAUGAGGAGCUGCAAAGACGUUACGAUGCUGAAAGACCUGUGGACUGCUCGGUCAUUGUGGUUAACAAGCUGCAGAAUUUGACCUUCUGUAGGGAGUAUGCAGAAAUGGUGGGGAGGAAGGUGCGAGAUCUGGGCAUGGUGGUGGACCUUAUCUUCCUCAACACAGAGGUGUCCCUGACCCAGGCUCUGGAGGACGUGAGCCGGGCUCGCACGCCCUUCGCCAUCAUCAUCACCCAGCAGCACGAAGUGCAUCGCUCCUGCACAGUCAACAUUCUCUUUGGCACACCACAAGAACACAGAAACAUGCCCAUGCAGGAUGCGAUGGUUUUAGUGGCUCACAACUAUGACACCUUUAAGAUGGAGAACCGUGCCAAGGAGCGGGAUGAGAUCUCAAGAAAAGCUGCGAAGAUGGCAGACGAGGUGCUGAUGAGGGAACAUGACCGACAAGCCCACCCAGUCUCGGUACUGACUGCUGUCACGCUGCUCUCGGAGGGCAGGUUCCUGACACCUCAAGAGUUAACAUUACUCAUUAACUACCUGCAGGAUAAGCGUGAUCAUCUUGUCCGAGGUGAAACAGACCCUCACCUUGGGUCCCAUCAGUCAUCUGCAGCAGUGACUCAUGAGACCCCUCAGUCCACCCAGGCUCUUGCCCCUGUUUCCCACCAGACGCACCCACCCCCACACUCCAUGCACAGCUCCCACCUUCAACCUGCCUCUACCACCACCAACCAGCAGAAAGAGCUACAAGCUAAAAUUCUCAGCCUCUUUAACAGUGGCUCAGGCUCCUCAGUGCCUCAGAGCCAGGCAUCAGUGUCCCAGCCUCAAGGCUAUGGAGCCACACAGGGCUCGAGCCUCUCCUCCUCCUCCUCUGCUUCCAUGUCCAACGUGGCUAUGUCUGCUCACGACUCUCAGAACACGAGUCCUCGCAUGGGCAUUAGGCCCCCUUCGAACCGCACAUCAGCACCUCAGGGGCUCCAGAGAGCUGGAACUGGGAUUAACUUUGACAAUCCUAGUGUGCAGAAAGCCCUUGAUACACUCAUCCAGAGUGGACCCACCAUUAACCAGCUGGUUAAUUCAGCAAGCCUAACAGCCAGGUCAGGCCAGGGGGUGGGCCAAGGAAUGAAACAACAAGGUUAUAGCCAGGGAAUGGGACAAGGAAUGAACCAAGGAAUGGGACAGGGGCUAAAUCAAGGUAUGGGCCAGGGGAUGAACCAAGGAAUGGGGCAAGGGUCUCACUAUCAGCAUCAUUUCUGAAAUGCAUACAGGCAAGCCUCUUGAAGAUGAGAUUUUUUUUUUGGAUUCUGCAUUUAAUUCUUUUAAAAAGCAAUUACUUUAAAUUACUAAAUACUUCUUUUAUUUCAUACUUUGUGAACGUUCCAAUGGUUAUUGUUUGGACAUGAUUUUUAAUUUUCCUUUUGGAUCAGAAGGAAAUUGUGAUGGAUGUAAAACAGUCAUGAAGAAUUUGCUGGUCUGACCAGAUAGUUUUGAAUAUUUCCCUUCUGUUAUUUUAUAUGAAAUGUCAUUUGUACAUAAUUUCGUUUCAAUAAAUAAUUGAGACAAAA